CUUCAACAGGGGUCUCCUUGCCGACCGGUCUUGAUGUCAUUCUUUUUCGAGGUUUAUACCCGGCAAUUGGCCUGUGGGUCUUCGCGGUAAUUGUAACAUGGCCUGACAACAUGACCGUGGGGUUGUUUCUAAGGUACUUCCCCACGAUACCUCUCAGCUAGGUCUUCUCAGCCAGCUCAGCUAGGGCCUAUUUUCCUCUAAUCACAAUGACCACACUCCCUUCGUUCGUUGAACUGAUUUCUACGCUGGGUGUUGAUUCAGCCUCUAAAGCGCUGGACCACUCAGCAUCCUCGCCUCGUUCUUCUCGCUCUGCCUCGCCACACUCACUCUAUUCGCCCAUAAGCUCGCGAGAUCGGAGUGUUCGUCAUACGUCGCAAGCUCGCUAUUCUCCUUAUUCUCCGACACUUUCUUCUAGACGUGGAAGUGUGUCCUCUUCAUCAACGUCUUCAUCUUCUCCUGAUCUCGAACGGCGUGUCCUGCCCAAUCAUCCAGGCUCACCUCGCAUCCGUAAACGGAAAGACAACAAACUGACAGUCAAUGUAUUUGGCUCGUCAACAGACCUUUCCGCCACCACACCAAUAUCUAUCUACGUUCGUCGGAAGACACCCGGUGCCUCCCCUACAACCUCCAUCUUCGUUCCCGAUUCUCGUGACACAUCAGCCACCUAUGGGCAUUUGCUCACACUACCCACCCUUCCGUCCCUCUUACCCUUAUCCCCCAAUUCCGACCACUUCCCCAUAACACCAGACUCGGAUGAGAAACGUCCCUUGUCUGAUCGCAAUUCCAACUCACCUUCUCCUUCCCCUGUGAUGAAGGCCGACUUGCUAGAAGGUCAUAUUUUUGGUCGCUUUCGCUGUCACACUGGUACCCGAAUUUCUACUCCACCUCGCUCAGCUGAUAGUGAGAGACAUCCGAGACCAUAUACUGUUCACAUCGAGAACCUCAGUCGGGAGAUAACGCUGUAAAUAAGUCAGCCAACUGUUACCGAUAGGGCUUUUUACCUACCCACCAUCCUUUGGACUUUUCCUUUCGUUUUCUUGGUUACUAGGUUCUUUAGGUAGCUAGCCUCCAUUUUGGGAUUGUUAGCUAGUUCCACAGUUAUAUCGCAAGCUACUCUUUUAGAACUGGGGACUGAGCUAAGAAGACUCAAGGCCGGUGCGAUGACAACCAGU